GAAGGAGGAUGGAGCCAGCUAUUACCAGGGGCUGUAUGUAAAGAUGAAAGGCUGUCCAGUCAGCGUUAGCACUGCUUGCGUUAACAGUAGGGUAUAGGGUACACGGACAGCUUUAGGAAAACGUCGCAUCCUUCUGCAGGUGUGCUGCUCACGGUGCCCCAAAACGUGCCUGGGCAUGAGGGAUUGCUGCACAGCCGAGCUGUGAGUUUUCCCUGCCAUACGCGUGUGCUCAGACAAAGCUGCGGUGAGGGGAAGAUUGCUAGUACUCAGCUGACCAAAGAGCCCUUGGAGAUGUCAGCAUGGCUUCAUGCAAUUCCCGCAGCUUCUUGUGAGGUGGUCAUCAGGAAAACGAGAUUAAGUCACUAACUGCAGAAAUUGAGCAUCUGAAGAACUUUGGGUGCUUGGGAGUCUCCCCAAGUUUGGAAGGCUUGCGAGACGAAAACGCGAAACUGAAGUAUCGGUUGAAUUUCCUUCAGAAGAGCCUUCAAGAGGAACAAAGUAAAACAGUGAAAAGCAUGAUUAAUAUCAACAGCCGUCUUCAGGAGAUCUUUGGAGCUGCCAUUCAGGCUGCCUACCCAGAGUUAGAAAACCCUCCACUAGUGGUGACACCGAGCCAGCAGCCCAAAUUUGGGGAUUAUCAGUGCAACAGCGCCAUGGGCAUAACACAGAUACUGCUCAAAACCAGGGAACAGAAGGUUAGUCCGAGAGAGAUCGCCGAGAAAAUAACAGAGCAUAUUCCUGCGAACGAAUGCAUUGAGAAGGUUGAAAUUGCUGGUCCUGGUUUUAUCAACGUCCAUCUGCGGAAGGAUUUCGUAUCAAAGCAGCUGAGCAGUUUAUUAAUGAAUGGAGUUCAACCACCAGCUAUUGGCAAAAGGAAAAGGGUGAUACUGGAUUUCUCCUCCCCUAACAUUGCGAAGGAGAUGCAUGUUGGUCACCUGCGGUCCACCAUCAUUGGAGAAAGUAUGUGCCGCCUCUUCGAGUUUGCAGGUUAUGAUGUGUUGAGGUUAAACCAUUUAGGAGACUGGGGCACCCAGUUCGGAAUGCUCAUUGCUCACCUGCAAGACAAAUUUCCAGAUUACUUAACUGUUUCUCCUCCCAUUGGGGAUCUCCAAGCUUUUUACAAGGAAUCCAAGAGGAGAUUUGACACAGAGGAGGAAUUUAAGAAACGAGCCUACCAAUGUGUGGUGCUGCUGCAGAGCAAAGACCCUGACUUCAUUAAAGCAUGGGAGCUGAUCUGUGACGUGUCUCGGAAAGAGUUCCAGAAAAUCUACAACUGCUUGGACGUCACGCUCACAGAGAGAGGGGAGUCGUUCUACCAAGAUAUGAUGAAAGACAUCGUGAAAGAAUUUGAAGAUAAAGGCUUUGUCCAGGUGGAUGAUGGCCGGAAGGUGGUCUUUGUCCCAGGUUUCUCUGUCCCGCUGACAAUCGUGAAGUCAGAUGGAGGUUACACAUAUGACACGUCUGACUUGGCUGCACUUAGACACAGGCUGCUUGAAGAGAAGGGUGAUAUCCUUAUCUAUGUUGUCGACAGUGGCCAGUCGGUGCAUUUGCAAACAGUGUUUGCAGCUGGGCAGAUGAUUGGCUGGUAUGACCCCAAAGUAACCAGAAUCACUCAUGCUGCAUUCGGAGUGGUGUUGGGAGAAGACAAGAAGAAGUUCAAAACUCGUUCAGGGGAUACAGUGCGUCUUAUGGAUCUUCUGGAAGAGGGGCUGAAACGGGCCAUGGACAAGCUGAAAGACAAGGAACGGGACAAGGUCCUCACACCAGAAGAGCUGAAAGCUGCCCAGAUGUCAGUCGCAUUUGGAUGCAUUAAGUAUGCAGAUCUCUCCCACAACAGACUAAAUGACUACGUGUUCUCCUUUGACAAGAUGCUGGAUGACCGAGGAAAUACAGCUGCUUAUUUGCUGUAUGCCUUCACGCGGAUCAGGGCUAUUGCUCGUCUGGCCAAUAUUGAUGAGGAGAUGCUGCGGAAGGCAGCAAGGGAGGAGGCACUUGUCCUUGACCAUGAGAAGGAGUGGAAACUGGGCAAGUGCAUCAUGAGGUUCCCAGAAAUUCUGCAGAAGAUCCUGGAUGAUCUGUUACUGCAUACCCUCUGUGAUUACCUUUAUGAGCUGGCCACCACCUUCACCGAGUUUUACGACAACUGCUACUGCGUUGAGAAGGACAGGCAGAGUGGCCAGAUUGUGAAGGUGAAUAUGUGGAGGUUGCUGCUGUGUGAGGCCACAGCCACCAUCAUGGCCAAGGGUUUUGACAUCCUGGGAAUUAAGCCGGUGGAGAGAAUGUAACAAACUUGUUCCCUGUGGGGUAACAAUAAAAGGACUGACUGCC